UGAGAUGUGUGAAUAAAGUCAGCCUCUUCCCUAGAAAUGAAGUUGAAAGUGGAAGAACCAUGGAGAUGGAGCUACUGAAACUUCCUCCAUUGCAGUAUGUAGCAUCAUCCUCCCUCUAGAGUUCAAAUUCACCAACAGCACUCACUCAACUUCGCAAUCCCACUUCCAGUUCUGCAGAUUCUCAAUAUGGCGUGGAAUCUGAUCUUUUGGUUCAUCUCUUUCUGUAUCAACGUCGCCCUCCUCGUCUUCAACUUUUACCAGCUUUUGGUAUUGACGGAUUUGGAGGCAGAUUAUUUGAACAUCUAUGAUUCAUCAUCUCGCAUUAAUAAGCUUGUCAUUCCAGAGUUUAUAGUGCAAGGAGUAUUUUGCUCGCUUUUCCUCUUGACUGGCCAUUGGUUCAUGUUUCUUAUUACCGUUCCUGUCAGCUGCUAUCACAUAAGAUUGUUCUUGAAGAGGGAGCAUCUUAUUGAUGUCACUGAGGUGUUUAGAGUUCUCAAACGUGAGAAGUAUUUUCGUUUGGGCAAGCUUAUCUUCUAUUUGCUUAUGUUCCUCAUAGUAAUCUUCAGGCUUACUUUGUCUGCUUUCAACUCAUUAUCCGAUGAAGACGACAUCAUACACUUAUUUUGAUUGCUGUUGUUCUGUUAGUGUUAUCUGAAGUUUGUAUUUACGGGUUCUGUAGCGUGUCUGGUCGAUAUUCGCACAAAGAAAAUGAACUUCUCGCAGCUUCGAACACAUUCAUUCAAGUUUUUCCUCCCAUUAUUUGGUUUGGUAGGCUCCAGAAGCAAUUUCACUGACUUUGAUCCAAGGAAAACUUGUAUGUAGGAGGAUAGAAAUUCAUGUUUUCUCCAGUAAAAAUGAUGUGAUUGUAGAAUGAGUUUUGGCAUUGUAGCAUGUAGGAAAAUGGUUCAAUUAGUUGACAUGUGUGAUUUGUUUUGGUACCUUGAAAGUUUCAGGGAUCUGCAAGAUUAGGGUCUCAUAUUUGCUUAUUUUUGGAACAUCAGAGUGUCAAUUCCUCGGAUUCUUAUAAGUGAGUUAAAAAAUGUCGAGGUCAACCGAUAUAUAGAGGACUCAGCGAAGCAUAAGUUUUAUAUCAUCGAUAUUGUAAUGUUUUCAUGUCAUUUUAGAAAAAGAAUAUUGUUUCA